AGAGCAUCGUUUGUACAGAGAGGCAGUAAAAGAGUUGACAUUUUCACGCGUUUAUCUACCUGAUGAAACUCCGUGCGGACAGCUAAAAUAAGCCAGAGGAGACGAAAGAGUCCCAGGAGUCCAGAACAGUUUUACUGAAGAGAGACAGUUCAGAAGAGAGGAAGUUUUGACAUUGAGAGGGAGGUGUUGUGGCGUGGAGACAGAGCUCUGUUGUGAGGCAAAGCCAGAGUUAUGCUGCAAACCAUUUAUGAGGCUGACUCCAGCAUCACUGCAGAGUGGAGGAGGAGAAUUCUGGACACACACGGCACUGCAGUCGGAUCAGUGGCAUUAUCCGCGGUGGGCAGGUCUGAGGUCAGUAUGUUGGAUUGGGAUCGUGACUCUGAAGAAUGGGAGAAGCAGUUACAGCAUGAGCUUCUUCUGAUCCAGAGACAGCAGCAGAUCCAGAAACAUCUACUCAUCUCGGAGUUCCAGAAACAGCACCAGAACCUCCUGAGACAGCACCAGGCCCAGCUCGAGGAACACAUCAAGCUCCAACAGGCUUUGUUGACUCUCCGCCAGCAGCAGGAGGUGUUCACUGAGGAGCGUCGGCCGGUGGAGGAGGAGAAAGAGGAGGUGCACGAGGAGGAGAAGGAGGUCCACAGGAGGGAGACACAGAAACAGCAGCACCACAGGAGGAAGGAGCGAUCAAAAGAGAGUGCGAUGGCGAGCACUGAAGUUCGACAGAAACUGCACGACUUCUUGAUGAGUAAAUCAGCUAAAGAUCUAUCUACAUCUUGUGCUGGUUACCCUCUCAGCCAGCGCACAAAACUGUGGUACAGCUCUGCCCACCCAGGUCCCGUAGAGCAGAGCUCCCCACUGUUAGGAGAGACCCCUCCCACCUUCAAAUACCCCCUGACCUCUGGCCUGGACUACAGAGAGGACUUCCCUCUCAGGAAGACUGCGUCUGAGCCCAAUCUGAAGGUACGCUACAGACUCAAGCAGAAAGUUUCCGAGAGAAGAAGCGGUCCCAUCCGGCGCCGAGAAGGCAGUGUACUCGUCACACCUCUGAAAAAACGAACCCUAGAACAAACAGAUUCUUCAGCCAAUGACAGCCUUGCUGGUUCUGGGCCCAGCUCACCGAUUGGUUUGUGCAACAAUGAGAACGGAGCGUCAUCCUGGUGCAGCACAGCCCAAAUCGAGCGAUGUCUGUCUCAGAGUGGUUUACUAAAGACAGAUGGAUCCAUGUCUCUGCUGAAUCUCUACACGUCCCCCUCUCUACCCAACCUUACGCUGGCUCUGCACCCUGCUCAUGCACACAUCUGCACGGGUGCGGCACUGAAAGAUCGGACCACAGAGGGGCUUGUGGCCGCCACAUCGCCUGUCUCACUGGAGUCCAAAGUGAGCAACAGUCAACAGGCACUCUUGCAACACCUCCUGCUGAAGGAGCAGAGACAGCAGAGACAGAUGAUGUCCCCUGUCUCAGGUAGUGUUCCUGUGCUGUCUCCAUCCCCUUUGGUGAUGAAAGACCGUCAGGCAGCGAGCUCUCGUGCAAGGUUACCACGGCACCGGCCCCUGAACCGGACCCAAUCAGCCCCGCUGCCCCAGAGCACCCUGGCCCAGCUCGUGCUACAACAACAGCACCAGAACUUUGUGGAAAAACAGAAACAGUACCAGCAGCAGGUCCACAUCAGCCAGGUUCUGUCUCAAUCCAUCGAUCAGCUGAGGAACCCCAGCACCCACCUGGAGGAAGACGAGGAAGAGGGAUCUUCAACAGACCACAGAGAGCCGGAGAUCAUAUCACCACCUGCUGGAGUCAUCCGGAGCCGCAGUUUCCCAAACUCCACCAGGAUCACUGCACACAGUGAGCCAAGUGCCACCCAUGCCAGAGUGAUCAGACUGAAACAAGAGUCUCAGGAGGAAGAGAGAGAGAGCGAGAGAGGAAGAGAUACAGAUGGAAAAAACAAGAGGAUACCAGCUCAGCUUAAACAAAGAGAUGCUGAACGAUGCCUUGAAAACAUGACUGAAACUGAUGUGUGAAGGAAGGAAGGAAAGAAGGAAAGAAAGAAAGAAAGAAAAUGAAAGUUAGUGAAUCUCAGAAAACCUGUUAAGGAUAUGUCCCGGUCAAAUUUUACCCCAAAAUCAAAAGAAAGAAAUGAGAAAAUAAUGAAGCCUAGUUUUAGGACCAUUACAAUUUGUUGCAUUAUGACAUUUUUUUAUUAAGAACUACGCAAUUUCUAAAAAGUAAACACAUUUUCACCCCAAUUCAAAAUGCAAAAUAUUAUUUAUAGUAUUUAGGGGUAUUUUUUCAACUUCGGGCACUUGGGACUUUUAGACUAUAGAGUCUCGUUAAAAUUUUUUCACACUCUCACUAUUUAUUUUUUAUUUGUCUACUAACAAUGUUCAACAGUGUAUGUGCAUGCAUCACAGGAGAUUUAUGUCAUAUUUCUCAUGAAAAUUCCCAACAAAGUGAUACUUUAAUAAUUCAAUUUUUUAUGUUUUUUGGAAUAAAAUAUCCUUCUGCUUUGUCUUGUUAAAGGCUAAUUUCAUAGCUAACAUUUUAUGUAUCCUAAAUACACACAAUUAAAUAUUUUCACACUUAAAAUGCAUAAUGAAUAAUUUAAAUUAAGCAACAUUUUUACCUUGAUAUUUCUUUAUCUUCAAACAUCACUUCAUCAUAUUUCAUCUCAAGCAUGCUCUUCACUGACACUUUAGUUCACUUUAGUACACUAACGUUUGAAAAAACUUUAUUUGGUGCACAAUUGUUUAGUGGGACAGUCGUAAUUUUUGGAAAAAUGUAUAGAAAUGAUUUUCACACAAUAAAUAUUGAAAUGGUAUGUUUAUUUUUUUUGGAUGAUCAUAGUUUUAAACGUAAUAAUUUGUAUUUUUAUAAUGGAUUUUCAUAGUUUAAUAUUGAACGUCUGGGUCUGGGACAUGAUUACAACAGUAAAAUCUAUACAUAAAGGCAUUUGAAAAGUGCCAAAAAUAAAUGAUGAUGGCCUGGUAAGAAGUUUCUAUAUCAGAUUUAAUGAGACCUUAAAAUAACAAAAAAGACACAAAUAUGUUUGCUUUAAAGGUGCACUCAGUAAUUUUUUCCCAUUUAAAAAAGUUUUACUCCUAAAGAAAUGAAUUGUAAUUUUAAAACGUAUGUAUAAAAUCAUGAGUACUCACAUGAGAUGAGGACUCCAGUCAUAUCAGUAACCUUAUAAAAGCUGUUUUAUUCUACAUGGAGAGGGUCCCCUCAUGGGGGCAGCCAUUUUAGAAUCACAUGACCAGCCGAAUACUACUCGCUUAAUCUCAGUAACCGUCUUGUUAUUGGACACUUUCACUGUUGGAUUAAAUUAAUCAUGUCUGAUUGUGAAUAGUGAAUUUCUACAGUGGCAUCUAUAAUGGAAAACUAUUGGUUUUGAAUGAUGCUGCAUCCACACCACUAGGUGUCACUGUAAGUCUAAGAUGACACCAGCAAAAAGAUACAGAGUGCACCUUUAAUAAAAAUCAACCCCUGGGACAUGAAAGUGCCUGAAGUUGAAGAAACACCCUUCCUCAUGUUAGUAUUAGUCGUACUACUUUUGAUUUAUUCAGAUGUAUAUUUUAAUACAGUAAUUCAGUAAAUUAUGCAUAAACACAGGGGAAUUCUCAUGGGUGAGUCUGUACUGAGAAAUAUGCUUACAUAUGUCAUGAAUAUAUUGUCAUAAUCUUCCUAAAAUGGUCCUAAAAUAGUCCCAAAUAUUUUUUUUAUUUUUAUUUUUUUAUUUUGGGGUGAAAUGCAACCUGCGUAUGUUUUCAUGAGAUUCACCCAAAGAGAAAGUUUGAAGUAAGAAUUAGUAAAGGAAUGACACAAAAGUAAAGUUGAAUACUUAAGAGAGGGAUAACGUUUGCAGGUUUGAGAGUGAAAAUACACCUUUCUGUGUUGGCGUCUCUAUCUUGUGUCCCUCUUUUAACAUCUUCCUCACUCAGUCGGGAGUUCGCCCUGUUAGUGUGACACUGUAUGUGACCUCUGACCUCUGUCUCUGCUGUGAUCUUCCUCCUCUGGUUGUUGUUGUUGUGUUUGAAGCUAAAUCAAGAAAAGCAAUGAGCACAGAUCUUCAUUUCAACCCCCACAGCACACAAACAGUAGCACACCAGCUGGCUUUCCUGUGAAAGGUCAUGUGACUGUAGGAAGUGUUGCUAGUGAGCUUUUCUGCUGUCUGAAGGGUACCGUGCGGAAAGAUGCACACUUGUCGUCUCAAAAUCGCUGAGGUUGUUUACCAUCAAUCUCGAUAGACUUGAACAUCCUGACCAGGCGUGACGCAACAAGUUUCCAGUGCCAAGUGAAAAUGCUGCCACCAACAACGAAAUCACACCGAAUAAAUACAUAUUUAAUGUUUAAUAUAUAAUUCUGUGAACUGGUGGAAAAAUGUGUGAAAGAUGUUGUACAGCCAGAAACUUAAAUUCCAUCAUAAUUUACUAACAGUUUUCAGGUUUUGCCUGAAAAAUUACUUAUCACAGAAACCAAUUUUAUACCUUCAAAAGACUUGGAAAAUGAUGCAGGAGUUGCAUGGAUCCUUUUUUAUAAAAGUGAGGCACUAUCCAUGGCCACUUUAUUCACAGGACGACCUCCGAUAUUCAUUUAACAUCUUCUUUUGUGUUCAGCAGAAAAGUCAUUUUUGGGUGAACUGUCACUUUAAAUGAAGCCGAGAGUACUGCACUCUUAUUGGUGUCUGAAAGCAUGAAUAAGCAAACAAUAAGCAAACAUACAAGAGGCAUGAAACAUGGCGAACUUUGAAAAUGAGGGGCGUUCCUUAUUGGGCUGGGGUGUUGAAUGUAGAACAAUUUAAAAUGAUUGCUAUGCCCCUGCUAUUGUACAAGUUUACUAUAUUAGGUUGUUAAUGUGAUGAGAAUCCGUGUUUGUGACAGUCCGGUCAGUCUAGACUGAAAUCGGGGAUGAUUUAAAAACAGCAUUCAUUUGUCAACGAGAACAGAUGAUGUUUCGAUGUGUCUUAUGUCUUGCUUGAUGUUCCAUUCUUUUUAAAGAACUAAAUAAAAAUAAUCAGUGUGUACCACCUUGGUGUCAUUAAAGGGAUAAUUCACCCAAAAAAAACAAAAAAUAAUAAUUUACUCACCCUCAUGCAAUCCCAGGUGCGUAUGACUUUCUUUCUUAUGCUAAACUCAAAUGAAGAUUUUCAGAAGAAUAUUUCAGCUCUGCUGAUCCUCGCAAUGUAAGUGAAUGGUGACAAUGUCCAAAAAGCACAUGAAGUCAGCAUAAAAGUAAUCCAUAUGACUCCAGUGGUUUAAUCCAUGUCUUCUGAAGUGAUAUGAUAGGUGUGGGUGAGAAACAGAUCAAUAUUAAAGUCCUUUUUUAUACAAUAAAUCUCCACUUUAACUUUCACAUUCUUCUGUUUUUGGCGAUACGCAUUCUUUGUGCAUAUCACCACCUACUGGGCAGGGAGAAGAAUUUAUAGUACAAAAGGCUUAAAUAUUGAUGUGUUUCUCACCCACACCUGUCAUAUCGGCUCAGAAGACAUUGAUCAAACCACUGGAGUCAUAUGGAUUACAUUUAUGUGGACUUUAUGUGAUUUUAGACCUUCAAAGGUCUGGUCACCAUUCACUUGCAUUAUAAGGACCUACAGAGCUGAAAUAUUCUUCUAAAAAUGUCUAUUUGUGUUCUGCUGAAGAAUGAAAGUCAGACACAUCUGGGAUGGCACAAGGGUGAGUAAAUGAUAAGAUAAUUUUAAUUUUUAGGUGAACUAUCCCUUUAAAUGUGAACAAAACUGUAAAAAAAACACUGUUGUCUAAAAUCUUGAUAUUUUUAAUGUAAGUAGUUGAAUCCAGAUUUCAAGAGCUCAAUUCAUAAUGAUGCCAGCACAAAUUCUCAUAAAGAUGUAUAAAGUUUUGUGAAUUUGCAAUAUCAUUUUGUGAUCAUACACAGUUAAAGGCAUGUGAGAUAUCACAUUUGAUGUACAGAGCAGCAUAUUACAUGUUUCAUAAAUAUGUUUGACAACACUGCUAUGAUGAAUUAGACAAAGAUUUUGUUUAACCACUUUAACUAAUCACUAAUGAUGGACAUUUUCUUAAUCACAUGGCCAUAAAAGUACAAAAACUCUGUUUUUACUUCACUGAUAUGUAAAUAAAGUUUAUUAUUCACUGUUGCAAUAGAGAUUGAAUCAAUAUCAGCAUGAAAAACCUUGGGUCAAAUGUCAUGUUUACGCUGACAUUUAAGUUUUAAAAUAAAAGUUGUUUCAAAACCCUC